AGUAUACACUAUGCAAUUAUAAAUACUAAGCUAAAGCUAACAGAUAAUUUUCUUAAGGACAAGAAUAGUCAUCUAAAUGAAUAUGAGGGUGAAAUAUGAUCGAAGCUGAAAUUUUAGAUACGUUGAUGAUAGUUUGAAAAUGUCAUACGGAAACCUUUGUGUAACAAGUGGAAAACUGUAAUUAUAAUAAAACAGUUCUGGGUAUUUGCACUAUAUAUGAUUAUAUCUAGAGACUCCUUUCAUCGGCAUUAUUUUACACAACAAUUAAUACUCCAACUUUCUUCGAUUUUCAAUAUUUCCCGAAAAUAUUAACAGUGUUUUGCAACAUGCUUGUCUAUAGACCCGAGGAUGCAUUUGGAAUGAAUCUUGUAAUUUUCAAAUUCUUCGGAUUAUGGCCGUCAGUUAUCAAAAAUCGUACAUUAAGAUUCUUUUAUACAAUAUACGGUUAUAGUGUACAAUUAUUCUAUGUGUUGGGAAUUUUACCAACACAAUUCAUCAAUAUCUAUCUUAUGAGAAAUGAUUUGGAAAAAUUAAUCGAUAGCUUUUUUUUCACAUUAACAUGUGUUGGUUAUAUUACAAAACUCAUUGUUUUUCUAUUGCGUCGUAAAGAAAUUGAUAAUUUUUUCACAAGAUUACAUCAACCAAUUUUCGCACCAAAACGAAAAGAAGAUCUGACAGUUUUGAAAGAUUUUAUUCUUUCUGCACGAGUAUCUACACUGAUAUACGUGAGCUUGACAGUUUUAACAGUUGGAAGCUGGAUUUUAUUUCCGUUAAUAGAAGGCAAAGAGGAUAAAGUAUUACUAUUUGCAGCAUGGUAUCCAUAUAAUGCGACAGUUGAGCCAGCUUAUGGCUACACAUAUGCUUUACAAACAAUUUUAUUAUUGACAACAGCAUCAAUGAAUUCUCAAAUAGAUAUGUUGACUGCCAAUUUAUAUGUGCUCAUGGUGGCACAAUUAGAAUUAUUGAAACAAGAUUUUAGAGAACUAGCAACAAUAGUUCAGAAAAAUAAUAAUAUUGAUCAAAAUUAUCAAUUCUCUCAAAUUACUAAAUUUAUUAAUGAAGAUGUACAUUUCGACAAACAGGAAAUAAUGGAAAAUACUGAAAUUUAUAAUGAUGAAAAAAUAGAAAAAUUUCAAACAAAAUCAAUUAAAGAUUCCAAUUAUUCUGAUGAAGAGAAAUUAGAUAAAAUAUUAAACGAUCGAGUUAUAAAAUGCACUCAACGUUAUCAAGCAAUAGUCAAAUUUGUUAAUGACGUAACAGAUUUAUUUCAAAUUGGAGUUGUGGCACAAAUUUGCGCCAGUAGCAUUAUCAUUUGUGCCACAAGUUACGAAAUGACGUCUAUUUCGCCAACUACUUUACAAUUUUACGUUGUUCUUCAAUAUCAACUAUGUAUGUUAUUUCAAAUAUUCAUCUAUUUAUAUCGAGGAAAUGACAUAACAGUAAAGACUACCGAGUUGAAGGAUGCAGUUUACGAAUGUGCAUGGAUGUCAAUUCCAAAUUCAAAAUUUAGAAAGUCACUUUGCAUUAUUAUGUCACCAUUACAAGUACCAAUGAAAUUAAGUGUUGGUAAAUUUUUUGUUCUAUCAGUCGAUACUUUUUUUGGUGAAAAAACGUUACUAUUCCCAGCAUGGUAUCCGUACAAUGCAACAGUAAAUCCAGCUUAUGAAUACACAUACGUUUGUCAAACACUUCUUUUACUAACGACAGCGACUAUGAAUUCCAUGAUAGAUAUGCUGACGUUGAAUUUUUACGUUAUUAUGGUGGGACAUAUGGAAACUCUUAAACUCGAUUUCAAAGAAUUGACAGAUUUUUUCACAGGAAAUGAUAUCAAAAAUGUUGAUAUUAACUUUGAAAAUGGAGUAGUCAAUAAUGAAAAUCUAACUCACAUUGAUUUAUCAAAUUUUGUUAAUCUCAAAGGAACAAUAUCUUACGAUAUAUAUUUAAAGGCGACCAAUUCAAGGGAUGAUGUUUUCGAUUAUAUCAAUUCAUUGGAAAAAAUUUUAAAUAAUCGAAUCAUUAAAUGUACAUUAAGAUAUCAGGCAAUUUAUAAAUUUUUUCACAAUCUUUAUGGUUAUGCUAUACAUUUUUUUUAUAUUGCCAUUCUAUUACCGGCACAAUUUAUGAGUAUAUAUAUUAUGCGAAAUAAUGUACAAGAACUUGUGGAUAGUUCUUUUUUCACAUUGAGUUGUAUUGCAUAUGCAUCGAAAUUUAUUGUUUUUAUAUCUCGACGUAAAACAGUGGAAGAAUUUUUUCAACGAUUACACGAUCCAAUUUUUAUUCCACGACGAAAGGAGCAUUUUGAUUUAUUAGAAGAAUCAGCAGAUACAGCAAGAACAACUUCUAUGACAUUACUCUCAAUAGCAAUGACAACAUGUAUUACCUGGAUUAUUUUUCCAUUGGUCGAAAAUAAAGAGGAGAAAACAUUAUUGUUUGUCGCAUGGUAUCCUUAUAAUACAACAAUAAAUCCAGCUUAUGGUUACACUUAUUUGUCACAAACACUUCUUUUAUUAACAACAGCUGCUAUGGAUACAAUGAUUGACAUGAUGACGACAAAUUUUUUUAUUCUUAUGGUGGGGCAAAUUGAAAUUCUUAAACUUGAUUUUCGUGAAUUAACUGAUUUUGUUGUUAUCAAUCAUUCGGAAAUUACAACAAAUGGAUGGUCUAAUGAAAAUUCAGUCAAAUUCGUUAGUGACGUGACAAAUUUGUUUCAAAUUGGAAUUGUGGUACAAGUCUGCGUUAGUAGUGUUGUCAUUUGCACAACAAGUUACGUAAUAACAACUGUAAAGACAUUACUUUACGCUGCAUGGUAUCCAUACAAUGCAACAGUAAAUCCCGCUUAUGCAUUCACAUACAUUUCGCAAACAAUUCUUUUGCUAACGACAGCAGCUAUGAAUUCAAUGAUUGAUAUAAUGACGACCAAUUUUUAUGUUGUUAUGGUGGGACAAAUGGAAAUUCUCAAACAAGAUUUUCGUGAAUUAACAGAUUUUGUUGCAAAGAAAGAAUUAUUACUUGCAUCAUGGUAUCCCUACAAUACAUCAGUAAAUCCCAUGUUUGCCUAUACUUAUUCUUCACAAGCAUUUUUGCUAAUAAAUACAGCAUGCGUGAACUCAAUGAUGGAUACAAUGAUAACAAAUUUUUAUAUUCUCAUGGUGGGUCAAAUAGAAAUUCUUAAAAUGGAUUUCAAACAAGUGGCGGAUAUUGCUGACAAGAGUGGUGAAUUAUUUUUGAAAAAAGUGGAAACAAAACAGUUAUCUAAUUCAAAAGAAACAAUGUCAUGUCAAAAUUAUUUGCAAACAUUUAACAAUCAGGAAUCACUGGACAGACUUUUAAAUAAACGAAUUAUCAAAUGCACCGAACACUAUAGAGAAAUAAUCAACUAUCAAUCAUUUGAAAUUCUCCUUUGCAAUAAUAAGAUAUAUAGACAUCGACAAAACUACAACCCUCUGUGGAAGAAAAUUGUUUCAUCAGAAAUGGAAAUCUACAGACCCGAAGACGCGUUUAGUAUGAAUCUACAGACAUUCAAGUUAUUUGGCGUUUGGCCUUCAGCAGCGAAACAUCCAGUGCUAAGGUUAUUGUACAAUGUGUACGGUUAUAGUUUUCAAUUGUUUUAUAUUGUUGUAUUGUUACCAACGCAAUUUAUCAACAUUUAUCUAACACGCAAUGAUGUACAAAAAAUAGUGGAUAGUUCAUUUUUCACAUUGACAUGCGUUGGUUAUGUUGCAAAACUCGUAGUAUUUAUUUCGAGACGCAAUAAAGUAGAGGAAUUUUUUCAAAGACUACAUCAUCCUCUAUUUACACCUAAACGAAAAGAACAUUUUGAAGUGUUAAAAGAUUAUACAAAUGUCGCUAAAGCAAGUUCCAUGACAUUUAUGGUCUUAUCAAUGAUCACUUGUGCAAGUUGGAUUCUUUUUCCUCUGGUUGACAGCAGUCAGAAUAAAGUAUUACUGUUUGCAGCAUGGUAUCCAUUUAAUGUGACGGAAAAUCCAACUUAUGGAUAUAUUUAUGCAUCACAAAUUCUUUUACUAUUGACAACAGCAUCAAUGGAUUCAAUGAUCGAUAUGAUGACGACAAAUUUUUUUGUAAUGUUAGUGGCACAAUUAGAAAUUUUGAGGCGAGAUUUCAAACAUUUGACGGACAUUGUUGAUGUCCAGGAUAAUAAUAAUAAUAAUAGAAAUAAUUUAUCAGAUUUAAGUUGUGAAUUUCCCAACGGGACGGUAACAUCUGAUAAGAAAUUACCUUCUAACCAUGAGAGUGGGAUUUCAAAUCUGACACUUAUACGACGCAGUUAUUUGCAAGCCACAAAUUCACCCGAGGAUACUUUCAGUAGCAACCAAGAUUACUUGGAGAAAACUUUAAACGAACGUAUCGCCAAAUGCACCCUGCAUUACGAAGCAAUCCUCGAUUUUGUUAAUGAUGUAAGGGAUUUGUUUCAAUUUGGAAUCGUCAUACAAUUAUGCGCAAGUAGCAUUAUCAUUUGUGUAACAUGUUUCGAAAUGACAGUUAUUUCUCCAAAUACGAUGCAAUUUUAUGUUAUGAUACAAUACUGUAUGUGUAUGACUUUUCAAAUAUUUAUCUACACAUGGAGGGCAAAUGACAUUACAAUGAAGACUGACGAACUAAGGGAAGCAGUUUAUGAAUGUGCAUGGCCUUCAAUUUCAAGUAAAAAAUUUAGAAAAUCCCUUUGUAUUAUUAUGUCACGAAUGCAGAUUCCAGUUCGACUUUAUGUUGGAUAUUUCUUUCUCUUAUCUGUCGACACCUUUUUUAAAAUUAUAAAAUUGGCCUACUCUUUUUUCAUAAUUUUAAAACAAGUACAAGUGAAAAAAGAAGAAUGAAUUAUGAAAAAAACAAUAAUUUUGUGCAACAAAAUUAUGUACGAUUUUGCCAAAUAUACGUGUUUUUCAUACUGGAACGUUCCAUGAGAAAAAAAAAUAGUAUAUGUGCAGUGGUUCGGCCGGAUGAAGUCGCAAUUUUCUGCCCCAGUGCCUCGCAAUGCGCCUGCGGCCAAAUAAAAGCUACUCCUUGGCGGAUUCAUCACCAACAAAAAAGUAAAGUGUGGCACUGGAAAUGGGGGAGUGAAAGAGAGGGGGGAUGGUGAAAUGAUAGAGGAAACGCAAAAGAAAACAUAGAAGAGGAAAUCCAGAAUCGAGGUGGAAAACAAGAGAGAGAGAGAGAAACUUCAAAUUUGUAAGAUCGCGACAGUUCAUAUAUAUAUAUAUAUAUAUACAUUGUUCUCUCUUUUGCUUCUCAUAUAGUAGAGCCAUCGGUGCGGCCAAAUCGAGAAAAACUUUCAAGAUUGCACUGUAAAAGGUCAGAGAAAUUUAUUAAACCUGACAUAACUUAUAUUGGGUUCAAAUUCUUUUUAAGAACGUAUCUCUUUUAUAAAUAAAAAGAAGAUAUCUCUCAAGAUUAGACAGUUUCCUCGUUUCGUUGGCAUAACAACA